AGUAACCGUGAGGAUUUUAUUGAAGGAACAGAAGGAAGCCGAAGAUCUGAAGAUGACAGGCCAGCCAGCAGAGAGAGAGCGCUCUCCUCACAAUCUGUCAGUGAAGACCACGCUGGAGGAGGAGAUCGAGAGAGCAGAGAGUAUUCUCAGCAGGGUACCAUCUGUGUGUGAUGACACAUCCUCAGAGCUACAAAGAGUCGCUGCCCUCGACCCUCAUGGAAGGAACUCCAGAAACUCUUUUCAACGGAAUGGAGCAAUCUCAAGACUGGUGAGUCUGGUGGUGAGACUGAGGGAAUGGGCACACAGGAGCCUGCAGGUGGAAGAGGAGCGACCGGACUCCUUCCUCGAGCGUUUUCGUGGCCCUGAGAUUAGAACAGCUCCAAGCCGCACUAGCAACACGCAGCCUGAUGCCAAUGGUAACAAUGCCAAAGGGAUCUUCAGGAAAAAGUGGAAACUCUUUGUGGUGUCACCAGCUGAUGAUGCGUACUACCGCUGGUUAUUUGUCAUCGCCACAGCGGUGCUCUACAACUGGUUCCUUGUUGUUGCUAGAGCAUGCUUUGACAAGCUACAAGUGGGAAAUUACAUCUGCUGGCUGGUUUUGGAUUACAUCUCUGACUUUGUGUACAUUAUGGACACCUGCGUCCGACUCCGCACAGGGUUUCUGGAGCAAGGUUUGCUUGUCAAGGACCACGCCAAGCUGAGAGACAGCUACGUCCGAACGUUACAGUUCAAGCUGGAUGUUGUGUCCAUCCUGCCCACUGACCUUGCGUAUAUCUCCACCGGCAUCCACACACCACAGCUCAGGUUUAAUCGUCUGCUGCGCUUUCCACGCAUGUUUGAAUUCUUUGACCGCACCGAGACACGCACCAACUACCCCAACAUCUUCCGUAUCGGCAACCUGGUGCUUUACAUCCUCGUCAUCAUUCACUGGAACGCCUGCAUCUAUUAUGCUAUCUCUAAGUCUUUAGGACUCGGCUCAGACACUUGGGUGUUCCCAAACAUCUCCAAACCUGAGUACUCCUCUCUGACUCGGAGUUACGUCUACUGCCUGUAUUGGUCCACCCUUACUCUUACUACCAUCGGAGAGAUGCCAGCUCCAGUACGGGAUGAGGAGUACUUAUUCGUGGUCUUUGACUUUCUUGUUGGGGUGCUGAUCUUUGCCACAAUUGUGGGAAACGUUGGCUCAAUGAUUGCCAACAUGAAUGCCACCCGGGCCGAGUUUCAAGCUCGUAUUGAUGCCAUCAAACACUACAUGCACUUCCGCAAAGUCAGCAGAGACCUGGAAACACGUGUCAUUAAAUGGUUCGACUACCUUUGGACCAAUAAGAAAACUGUAGAUGAGCAGGAGGUGCUGAAGAACCUGCCCAAUAAGCUGCGGGCUGAGAUUGCUAUCAAUGUUCACCUGGAGACUCUAAAGAAAGUACGAAUUUUUCAGAACUGUGAGGCAGGACUACUAGUGGAGCUUGUGCUCAAACUUCGUCCGCAGGUCUUCAGUCCAGGAGACUACAUCUGCAGAAAAGGAGACAUAGGAAAGGAGAUGUAUAUCAUUAAAGAAGGGAAGCUAGCCGUGGUGGCUGAUGACGGUGUCACACAGUAUGCUCUCCUUACAUCUGGCAGCUGCUUCGGGGAAAUCAGCAUCCUGAACAUAAAGGGAAGUAAGAUGGGGAAUAGGAGGACAGCCAACAUUCGCAGCUUGGGUUACUCUGAUCUCUUCUGCCUCUCCAAGGACGACUUGAUGGAGGCAGUGACCGAGUAUCCAGAUGCCAAAACUGUUCUAGAGGAGAGGGGCCGGGAGAUCCUAAAGAAGGAGGGUCUGCUGGAGGAGAAUGUAGAGAGCGGUGGGCUCCACAAAGAGGACACUGGAAAGGUGGAGAGGCUUGAGUCCUCUCUGGACACUCAGACUCGCUUUUCCCGUCUACUCACUGAGUACACACACACUCAGCUGCGGCUGAAGCAGCGCAUCACUCUGCUAGAGCGCCAGCUGAAUCAAACAGACUGCGGCGCAGAUGCAAGCGAUGACAAUGACGCAGAUGCUGAGGCCAUGAUUGACACAAACUGUGGGACAGACAGAUCUCUUCAUUGUAAUAUUGUGCAAAAAGAGGACAUAAAGAGCCCAUCAUUAAAACAUGAACCGUCACAUUGAAGACUAUUUUUAUCCAGAUAUCUUGAAAGACUCGUUAAAAGUACAGAAAAAAACCUCUGAACACCUUUUCUAAAUUAAAUUGUGAGACUGUUUUAUCAGUGAGCUGAGUGUAAAGAGAUGUCUGCAUAUCAAUAAACAUGAAAAUGAGUAAAAAAGACAGAGGAAAAAAAGAAGUUGGAUGCACAAGUAAUGUCCAUGAAGUCUUUUCAAUGUCUAUGCCAAACCAGUGAGUUGAAUGUGUUUAAAUGAAUCA